AUGUUGGGCAGCGUCACCACCUUUCCCUCGCAGCCGCAGAGGUCACGCAGAAACACGUAUACUGGUGCAAGUGCGCCCUCGCUGCCUCCUCGACCCACCUCGCUGUCCACUACGCCCGCUGCGCAGACUGCCCUCCAGCUCAAGUCGGUGACGCUCUCUGGCGGCAUGGAAUCGCGAUACAACCGCCCGUCCUCGCCCCGCGGCCGCUACUCGAACCCAGCCAGAUCGUCGACAGGCACGUUUGCCGAUCCAUACUAUGAUUCCUCGUACUAUGGCCGCCCCAGCUCGCCACGCACCAGCGCCGACCGCAUUACGAGCUCUUACAACCAGGCAUACUACAUGCCCAGCAGCUCGUCGGGAGCUCGUGCGAGCAACCUCAAAUACGACUCGUACACGGGACGCCCGCGGCGCAACACCAACGAGCACUCCUCGAGGCCCAAUGUCAGCACGGUGACCAACACAUCGCUGCCCAUCCGCACGCCCUACACCCCUCACGGCAACCUCGAUCGCCCAGCCAGCCCGAUCGCCCAGCCGCCACGGGACAAGCGGGCCGACACAUACAUCACACCCGGCGUACCUCGUCGAGAACACAAAAAGGUGUACAGUGUCGACGAUAGCAGCCGCUCUACAAAAUUGGUUGCUGAGAGAGAGGUGGACCUGCCGCGCCACCGAGACAGUGUUGACCGGGGCUAUAGUCUGACAAGCGGAGGCCGCAGCUACCACAGCAACAGCAAGCCUCCACCGCGGCUUACAGAUCUCGGCGAUGAUGGAUACUCCUACACAGACCCAGCGAGCAUGUACCGCGACACCGAGCCAGCCUGGCGGCGGCCACGGGCUGGCAGCUUGGAACGCAGCUCCCGCCCUACUAGCAUGAUUGUGGACCGUCCUGCUCGUAGCUCUGCUCGUGAACUCGGCCCGCCCGUGUCGACUCGCGGCUUUGAUAAGAUCAACAAUGGCGUUCCAAGACCACACGCAAGAUCCUCGUCAAUUGAGAGGUCGAGAGAGAUUCCCAAAUACGACCCCUAUCCAGAUGCAACUCCUACACGUUCCUCCUCUACUCGUCAUCACGCUCCAGCAAUCCACCAAGAGCCCCGUGAUGUCCGCCGAGAGACAUACCACGAUGAUUAUGACCGACGAGAUAGAGAGGUCGAGAAUCGACGGCAACCCCCAGUCGAUCGCUUUGAAGACCGCGAGGUGACUUCCCGAGGGUUUGGCAUCGCCCCGGGAAACCCCAGCGUUGCCCACGACCAGUACGCCUUGGAGCGCCAGCCCCACUAUACUACCACUCCAGAGAUAACGCGUAGACCCGAUGAGCGCAGCAGCCAAUACUACCCAGCUGAGCGUGCUAGUGGCAGUGUCCAGAUGCCCGAGCCUCGUGUGUCUCGUGAACGGGAUGUAGCCCCACCGCCAGACCUGUAUGAUAAACGUCCACGAGAGCGUGAAGGCGGUCGACAAGAAGUUAAAGGCUAUGUUCCCGCGGCUGCUGGGGCUGCGGCCGGUGUGGCUGCUACUCUGGGCGCGGCUGGUUAUAUGAAGUCUCGUGAAAAGGAACGAGAGCGGGAACACGAACGAAACUCUUCCGAAGAACGUGAGCGCGAGCGACGGAAGGAACACGACGAGCGUGACAGGCGUGAUCGAUACGAUGACCGACGCGAAGAUAGGCGUGAGAGAAGGCCUGAAGAGCGACGUGAUCCACUACCACCACCACCCCCUCCUUCUACUGCUGCUGCUCCUCCGGUUGCUGGAUAUGCACCAACCCAAGACGCUGACCGCAAACCCCGUGAGCGCCGCCAUGACGAUGACGACCGGGUCAAGUCCUCCCGCAAGACACCCUCCUCCGAAGGCAGUGAGGACGAACGGCCGCGUCAUUAUGUUGACCGAGAUGCUGAGCGUCGAAAAGAGCCAGCGACAAAGGAGGCGGCACUCGAUCCAGACGAAGAAUAUCGUCGCCGAAUCCAACAAGAAGCCGAGCGAAGCAGCCGUGCUACUCACGAUCGAGAUCUCAGCGACUCGGACCGUGAGCGAGAUCGUAGGCGGCGCAAAGAUGAUCGAGACAGAUCCCGUGGUCCCGAAGAUCGUUCUCGCGCCUCUCCACCAGAUACCAAGGAAUCUCCAAGCUCUCGCUAUGACAAACGCUCUUCAAGUGUGUACGAUUCCAGCCUCGUCCAGGAGCCCGAGUCGUUCGAUGGGGCCAUGGUGUCGACGAGUAAGAGUGUGCAGAUCGUCACCCCUCCGAAAGAGGCGCCUCCAGCAGUCAAAAGUAUACUCCGCAGACCCACCGCUAAGUUUCCUGAGGAUCCUGAGCCAAUCCGCGAGGGAGUCGCACCUCACAAGGAUGCUCUGAAGGGCAAAGAUAUCCCAGUAGGUGCUCGAUGGACAAGGAUCGACCGUCGCCUAGUCAAUCCAGAGGCUUUGGAGCAGGCUAAGGAGCGCUUCGAAGAACGUAUGGAUUGCGUGAUUGUAUUGCGUGUCUUGACGAAGCAAGAGAUUCAAAAGCUUGCAGAUCGGACCAAGAAGAUCCGCGAGACUAGAGAGGACGAAGAAUACGACCACCGUGACCGUGGCGAUAAGGAUAAACGAAGCUCUCGCAGCUCCAGGGAUGACAGAGACGAUGAAGACCGCGACCGGGACCGAGACCGAGAACGACGCCACCGCUACGAUGAUGAAAGCGACUACGACGACCUGGGCCGAGAGCGCGAACGGGAGCGGCCCAAGAUGCUAGAGCCUGCAAGGUGA